UCUGAACUGGGUGUGGGGGGGGCUGUCUCCGUCUGAGAGUGGACUCGCCUCUCGUCCUGGCUGCCGGAAAGUGCUGUGUGCCGCAGGGAAGUCUUUGGGAGGCAGUUGGCAGUUUCAGUCCUCUGAGAAGGGCUGCUGACCCUUUAGAGGAAGUUUAGCCCCGGGACUCUUUUGGGCAAACUGCCCUGGGGGAGGGGCCGGUCUGUGCAAAGGCCCUGAGGCAGGAGGGUGAUGCUGAGAGGACAGCCUGUGAAACCACAGGGGGCGGCUGGAAGACAGAAACUCCGCAGGCCAAAGAGGGCUUUGCCUGGCACAGCAGAGGUCAGUGCAGGCCCCGGCCCCUGCCCACCGUCUGCGGGGCCUCCAGUGCUCCUUCGCCCACACAGGCCCGGUGCAGGGCAGUGGAUUACGGGAACUGCCCUCCUCCCGGCUGGCCGGGUCAGCAAGGCCCAGGCCGGAGGCGUCCACGCAGCGCUGGGGGGGGGGGCACGGGACGGAGUGUGGCCGCUUGUCCUGCUGCCCUCUGCUGCCCCUUGUCUGUGGGGCACGGAAUUGGCCUUUGGGCGUCACCAGAACUCCGCUCGCACCCUUGGACGCUCAGCAGAGCUGUGCUCCGGGAGGGACCUCAGGACGAUGCUCGCGGCCGCCGCCCUGUGCCUCGGCCUCCUGGGCUGCUUGCGGGCCCAGGAGCCGGGAGGCCACGUGUCCGUCACCCUGCUGGGCGCCACCGGGGACCUGGCCCGGAAGUACCUGUGGCAGGGCCUGUUCCAGCUGUACCUGGACGAGGCGGGCCGGGGCCGCAGCCUCAGCUUCCACGGCUGCGCGCUCGCGCCCCCCGAGCAGGGCCAGGCCCUGCUGGCCGACAUCCUAGAGACCCUCGCCUGCCCCCCGGGCCUGGCCGCCCCGCGCUGCGCGGACCUCCAGGCCCAGUUCCGGCAGCUGAGCCAGUACCGGUGCCUGAAGACGCCCGAGGACUACGUGGCGCUGAGCGGUGACAUCGAGGCCCGGGUGCGGCAGGGGGGCGGCCGUGAGCUCGGCCGGGUCUUCUACUUCUCCGUGCCGCCCUUCGCCUACGCGGACAUCGCCCGGAACAUCAACGGCAGCUGCCGCCCGGGCCCCGGCGCCUGGCUGCGGGUGGUCUUCGAGAAGCCCUUCGGCCACGACCACGUCUCGGCCCAGCAGCUGGCUGCCGAGCUCGGCGGCUUCUUCCGGGAGGAGGAGAUGUACCGGGUGGACCAUUACCUGGGCAAGCAGGCCGUGGCCCAGAUCCUGCCUUUCCGGGACCAGAACCGCGAGGCCCUGGAGCCGCUGUGGAGCCGGCACCACGUGGAGCGCGUGGAGAUCGUCCUGAAGGAGACGCUGGGCGCAGAAGGCCGCCUCAGCUUCUACGAGGAGUACGGCGUCAUCCGGGACGUCCUGCAGAACCACCUGACCGAGGUCCUCGCCCUCGUGGCCAUGGAGCUGCCCCGGAACGUCAGCAGCCUGGAGGCCGUGCAGGAGCGCAAGCUGCAGGCCCUGCGGGCACUGCGGGCGCCGCAGAGGGACGGCGCCGUGCUGGGCCAGUACCAGGCCUAUGGCCAGCAGGUGCGCCAGGAGCUGCAGCGGCCCGCCGACUUCCAGAGCCUCACGCCCACCUUCGCAGGCGUCCUCGUCCACGUGGACACUGCCCGCUGGGAGGGCGUGCCCUUCAUCCUGAUGGCCGGCAAAGCCCUGGACGAGCGAGUGGGCUACGUGCGCGUCCUGUUCCGGAACCAGGCCCACUGCGUGCAGAGCGCGAGGCGGUGGGACCCCGCGCAGAGCCCCUGCCUGCCCCGCCAGCUCGUCUUCUACAUUGGCCACGGCGAGCUGGGCAGCCCCGCCGUGCUGGUCAGCAGGAACCUCUUCAGACCCGCCCUGCCCGCCCAGGGCUGGACAGAGCUGGAGGACCGGCCCGGCCUGCAGCUCUUCGGCCGGCCGCUGGCCGACUUCUACGCCUACAGGCCGGUGAGGGAGCAGGACGCCCACGCCAGCCUCAUCUCCCGAAUCUUCCACGGCCGCCAGGAGGCCUUCGUCACCACGGAGAGCCUGCUGGCCUCCUGGGGCUUCUGGACGCCGCUGCUGGACAGCCUGGCCGGGCAGGCGCCCCGCCUCUACCCGGGGGGCGCCGACAGCGGGCCCCUGCUGGACUUCGAGCUCAGCGACGCCCAGCUGGCCUUCUGCCAGCGGCAGCCGGAGCAGCUGCUGUCCGGCCCGGGGCCCGCCCCGCUGCCCCGGGACUUCCAGGUGCUCCAGGCCACCUACCGCGAGGGCCAGCUGGUCUCGGCGUGGCCCGAGGAGCUGAUCGCCCGGCUGGCCCAGGACAUGGAGGCGGCGGCCGAGGAGGCCGUGCAGCGCGCGGGCGAGUUCCACCUGGCGCUGUCGGGCGGCUCCAGCCCCGUGGCGCUGUUCCAGUGGCUGGCCCGGCGGCAGCCCGCCUUCCCCUGGGCGCACACGCACGUCUGGCUGGUGGACGAGCGCUGCGUGCCCCUGCGCGACCCCGAGUCCAACUUCCAGAGCCUGCAGGCGCACCUGCUGCGGCCCGCGGGGGUCCCCCACUCCAACGUGCACCCCAUGCCCGUGCACCUGCGCCAGCGGCUCUGCGCCGAGGAGGACGGGGGCGCCCAGCUCUACGCCCAGGAGAUCGCCGCGCGGGUCAGCAACAGCAGCUUCGACCUGGUGCUGCUGGGCAUGGGCCCCGACGGGCACACGGCCUCCCUGUUCCCGCACUCGCCCGCCGGCCUGGAUGGGGAGCCGCUGGUGGUGCUCACCCAGAGCCCCGCGCGGCCGCACCGGCGCAUGAGCUUCAGCCUCCCGCUCAUCAACCGCGCGCGCCGCGUGGCCGUGCUAGUCCUGGGCCGCAUGAAGCGCGAGAUCUCGCUGCUGGUCAGCCGCGUGGGCCGCCAGCCCCACAAGUGGCCCAUCUCGGGCGUGCAGCCCGCGUCCGGCCAGCUGGUCUGGUACAUGGACUACGAGGCAUUUCUGGGGUGACCGGCUGGCCCCGGGGCCUUGGCCCGUGCUCCCGGCCUCCCGUCCCCUCCACCCGCGGGUCCCACCGCCUGCCCUCGGGGCCAGGACCCGGAGUGGGUGGGGGGAGAGGAGAGGAGGGCCCACCCCGGUCUCUGGCAGUGGGGGCUCU